AUGGAGACCCAGCAGUUCGUCUCGGCUAUUGAGCGAUACGCAUGCUCAGUUGCCGCCAUUAUCGGAUGGGGCCGUCGAGUUCGAUCGAUGGAUGACGAUCUUGCUAAGCUUGCGUUAUCAUUCGUGCAGACAGGGGCUGGCUUUUCCGCACCGGCUCAAUAUUUAGUCGAGGCCUAUCCAUGGAUCAGCAAGCUUCCUAAACGUAUCUACCCGUUUCCUUCCAUGAUAUGGGAUGAGGGGCAAAAAUUGCUAAAAUACUUCUAUGCCCUUACCGUCGAAGGGGCUCAACUUGAACAGGAUAGCUUCUCCAAGCGUCUCAUCCAGGACCAGGAGAACAACAACAAGUUAUCUCCUAAAGAAAUCGCCAGUCUGACAGGUAAUUUGAUCGGAGGUGGCGUAGAUACCACGACGACCACUAUCAUCGUCUUCAUCUUCGCCAUGUGUGCCUUCCCGCGCGUUCAGCAGAAGGCACAGGAGGAAAUUGAUCGCGUCCUGGCAGGCGAACCCCCUACUUGGGCAGAUGAGGACUCUCUUCCAUACUGCAAGGCGCUUCUUACGGAAAUAUUCCGCUGGCGAGCCGCGAUUGCACUUGGAGGUCCCCCUCAUGCACCUGUUCACGACGAUUCCUACAAGGGCAUGUUUAUUCCCAGAGGUACUUCGAUUAUUGGAAACCUUUGGGCCAUCCAUCGCAAUCCACGAGACUAUCCUUACCCCGAUGAGGUACGACCUGAGAGGUUCUUGGAAGAGCGACUGCCAAGUCCUAGCAAAAAGGGCAUCUUUACGUUUGGUUGGGGUCGACGCCUUUGUAGUGGGCAACCCCUUGCUGAACAAGGUAUCUGGUUUACCAUCGUGGGAUUACUUUGGUCAUUCAAAAUGCGAUCUACCGAUGAAUAUGGAAAUUCCAAGGACCUGGAUGUUUUUGCAUUUAAUGAUAGCCCAGCCCCAAGGCCGCUGCCAUUCACGGUGGAGUUUAAGCCCCGGACUAGUAAUACCAAAGGCAUCAUUCAAGCUGCUGCUUUGAAAGCUGAAGACGAGCUGCGCAAGUACGACGUCAAUAGUAAAGUAGCUAUAUAA